AUGGCGUGCGUGCGCGUGGUGAUCGUGGCAGAAGAGCUAGCUAGGGUUGCCCUCUGUGGCAACAACAUCGUCGGCGCCGUCGCGCUCUGCUGCUGCCUCCUCCUGGAAGGCGGCGGCGUUCGGGCGCAGCCGUUCGACUACCCUACUGCGAGCGUGCCGGCGACCUGGGCCAACACGGACGCGUCCCUGCCGCACCACGUCGUCUACGCCGACGGCUCCGUGGCGCGCGCCGCGCUGCUGCGGCUCAACCCGGCCGGCUACGGGCCUUCCUUCGCCUUCGGCUUCUUCUGCACCAACCACCGCACUGCCCCGUGCUCCGACUUCCUCCUCGGCGUCGCCGUCGUGUACUGCAACAGCGGCGCGCUCAUGACGUCUGUCACCUCCGGCAUCCCGCAGGUUGUCUGGUCGGCCAACCGUGGCAGCCCCGUCGGGGCGGGCGCCGUGGCAGAGAUCACGGCAGAGGGCGACCUGGUGCUCAGAUCAUCACCCGGCGGCAAGGUGGUGUGGUCAGCGGGCACCAAGGGGCGGUCCGUCGCCGGGGCGCGCAUCGGAAGCGACGGCAACCUGGUGCUAUUUGACGGGACGAACAGGACGGUGUGGCAGUCCUUCGACCACCCCACGGACGCGCUCCUCGUCGGGCAGUCGCUGCAGCACGGCGCGCGGCUCACCGCCAACACGUCGACCUCGGACUGGCGCAACGGCCGGAUCUACCUCGCCGUCCAAGACGACAGUCUCAGCGCCUACGUCAACGGCAAACCGCCGCAACGCUACUACCACCUCGGCUUCGAGAAGGCCCCCGGCGCCUACGCGACGUACUCCAACGGCAGCCUCGCGGUGUUCGCCAAGCCAGGCGACACAACCCCGCUGACCCCCAUCCAGCUGCCCACCGUCGGCGCGGGCACGGUGCAGUACAUGCGGCUGGAGCACGACGGCCACCUCCGGCUCUACGAGUGGCGCUCCAACGCACAGGGCUGGGCGCCGGUGUUCGACGUGCUGCGCCUCUUCCCGGACGACGGGUGCUCGUACCCGACAGUCUGCGGCGCGUACGGCGUGUGCACGGACGCGCAGUGCAGCUGCCCCGACGCGGCCAACUUCCGGCCGGUGGACUUCCGGCGGCCCAACCGAGGCUGCGUCCCAGCAGCAACGCCGGCGACGUCUUGCAGCUCGUCACGGCGGCAGGGCACGCAGCACCGGCUGGUGUCGCUGCGGAACACGGGGUACUUCAACGACCACGGCACGAGCAUGCGGGCCGUGGAGAGGGUGAGCGAGGAGGCGUGCAAGAAGGCGUGCCUGGACGACUGUGCGUGCGCGGCGGCGCAGUUCUACUACGGGCCCGACGCCGGCGACGGGUUCUGCUACCUGCAGUCGGAGGUGUUGUCGAUGCAGACGCUGCAGCCGGAGGUCGUGCACUACAACUCCACCAUGCACAUCAAGGUGCAGGCCAAAUCGGCCAGGUCUUGA